UCAAUUUGAUUCAAUUUUUUUUAAAUAAAGAAUAAAAUUUUAGGUAGAGGUGAUAUUCCUUAUCGUUACUGCCCUUUCUCAUUCCGCCGCCGCCGCCAUUGCCUCCGCCACCGCUACCACGAACUCUUCUUCAUCGCUACUCCAUCUUCCACCAGUUCAAAAUGGCUUCCCUUCUUAAAGCAUCUUCCAAUGUAUUUCGGUCGGAGAAGCUACCAUUCUUGUCUAAAGGCAAGACAAGCCAAGGUAUUGUUCCAAAGAAAGCAGCUUUUCGUUUGGUCCCAGUCGCAUUAUCCUUAUCUACGUCAACCGGAACCGUUCAGCAUGACCAGAAAUCCGAUUCACCAGACAUCGCCAUCCCAAUCAUGGUAAAUGGUUGUACUGGCAAAAUGGGAAAGGCUGUUAUCAAAGCCGGAGAUUCUGCUGGGCUUCAUAUUGUUCCUGUGUCUUUUGGUGCAGAGAAGGAGUCUGGGCAGACUGUUGAAGUGUGUGGGAAAGAGAUUAUGGUGCAUGGUCCUUCUGAAAAAGAAAGCAUCCUUGCUUCAGUCUUUCAGGAGUAUCCAAACCUGAUCGUGGUAGACUACACUGUACCUGCCACAGUUAAUGAUAAUGCUGAGCUAUAUUGCAAAGUAGGAGUGCCUUUUGUUAUGGGAACCACUGGUGGAGACAGAGAUCAACUCUAUAAAACUGUUGAGGAGUCAAAUGUUUAUGCUGUGAUCUCGCCACAAAUGGGGAAACAGGUUGUUGCCUUUCUUGCAGCCAUGGAAAUCAUGGCUGAGCAAUUUCCUGGGGCCUUCUCUGGAUAUUCUCUGCAGGUGAUGGAGUCCCAUCAAGCAAGCAAAUUGGACACUUCUGGGACUGCUAAGGCUGUAAUUUCUUGCUUUCAGAAAUUGGGGGUGUCAUUUGACAUGGAUCAGAUACAAAUGGUCCGGGAUCCCAAGCAGCAGAUUGAGAUGGUGGGAGUUCCAGAAGAGCAUUUGUCUGGUCAUGCUUUUCAUUUGUAUCAUGUAACAUCACCUGAUCAAACAGUGUCAUUUGAGUUUCAGCAUAAUGUUUGCGGCAGAUCUAUAUAUGCCGAGGGUACUGUUGAUGCCAUAGUUUUCCUUGCUAAGAAGGUUAAGUCAAAGGCAGACAAGCGAAUAUAUAACAUGAUUGACAUCUUGCGAGAAGGUGACAUGCGAUAAAAGAGUUUUCUAAGCAUGUUGUUGUUUUGACUGUGUUCUCUUGCUCAAGAUGUUUAUGAUUAUGAGACGCAAGGUAGGCAAUUUUGCAUGGAUGGUGUGUGCCUUCCUCUGGUCUUUUGCAGUUAAUUGUUUCUAUUAGUGUAUGAAGUGCAAUAUCAUGGUGUUGGAAGCAUAAUUAGUUUUAAACAGUGGCUGGGAAUAGUUAAUGUUGGCCAAAGUGAUUGGUGUGAUGCUCCUAAAACUGGCUCUCGUCUUACAAGAAAUGGUUUUCUUGCAAAUUUGCAUUCAAAAUUGGCUUCCUGUUGUUGGAUAUCUAAGACAUGAUAAU